UGUAGACCCUGGCUCCUGGUUGAACAGUCCUGAGAUCUUGUGAAUGUCGGAAAUGUGAACAUGAGCUCCGAGUCCGGUCCGCGUAACGGAACCAGUUGCACCCCACAGUUUAGACUCCUCCCGUCAAUUUUCGAUUGGGCAAUGCCCUCACGCCCCUUCUCUUUCAAUAUCAUCACUGCUUGUGGGCACAGAGUAUUCCCGUAACUGUGGUCUCUUGCUCGCUCACUUCACACUCGAACGAUACUCUAUCCUGUUGUCUGACAAGGCCAACUCACCAAAGGAAAAGGAUGCCGAAAUAGAAAAAAAAAGGGCAGUCAAAAGUUUACAGCGGCCCAGAAAGUGGGUCUGUAAAAAUGACGUCCACCCCUAGAGUCGGCCAUGCUGCCGCGCGGCUUCUCAGUUUGGCAGCUCCGCGCGCUCGGCCUAGUUCCGCCUGUGGCAGCCAGCCACACCAUGGGAGAGGCCCCGCGCCGCCGGCUCCCUCGUCAUUGCUAUCACCACUACCGCGGCCAUGCCCACACCCCUAUUCAACCGAGGCCGGCUCAUGUGGCAGCGGCAACGCCCCCCAACAUUUCAGCACCGUCAACCAGUCCGAGAUAUCGCACUUUGACGCACUGGCCUCGACCUGGUGGGACAAGCAGGGCCCCUCGCGGCUGCUGCACCUGAUGAACCCGCUGCGCCACGACUUCAUCCACGACUGUCACGCCUCGGAGCCGCCGCCGCCGCCGCCGCCGCCGCCUGCUGCCCGCGCCGGCGGCCUGAGGUACCUCGACGUCGGCUGCGGCGGCGGCAUCUUCGCCGAGUCGGCCGCCCGCCUGCCGUCCGUCGCCUCCGUCACCGCCCUCGACGCCUCGGCCGAGGUCAUCGCCGUCGCCCGCAAGCACCUGACCCGCGAGACCCCGGCCGUCCAGCGCAAGCUCACGUACCUGCACUCCCCGGUCGAGGCGCUGGACGUCGGCGGCGGCGGCGGGGGCGACCAGUCGGCAUCGGCGGCGAGCGACGGCAGGUUCGACGUGGUGACGACGUUCGAGGUGGUCGAGCACGUGGAGAACCCUUCGGCCUUCCUCGAGCGCUGCGGCGCCCUGGUCCGCCCGGGCGGCUGGCUCGUGCUCAGCACCAUGGCCCGCACCUGGGCCUCGUGGGCUGUCACCAUCGUCGCCGCUGAGCGCGUGCUCGGCAUCGUGCCCAGGGGCACCCACAACUGGGACAAGUACCUCGACGCCCACGAGCUGCGGCGCUGGUUCGACUCGCGCCCCGCCGCUGAGGGCUGGGCCGGCCUCGGCAGCUUCUCGCGCUGCCAGGGCGUCGUAUACGUCCCGGGCCUGGGCUGGAAGGCCGUCCCGGGGUCCGAGAAGGUCGGAAACUACUUCUUUGGCGCCAGGAAGAGUCCUGACGCCAGCUAAGCUGAAAUGGGGGGUACCGCCUAUCUGUAUGAUAAGACCGUCUGUGUAGUGCGCUCUGUAGAAGCCAGGGCACCGGCCUCGAAGCUGGAUUGCUUUGAUGGGAAUUCCCCUCGACACAAUGCAUGUGUCUCUCAAAUUGAAAGAGGGUUGCAGGAGAAUAGCUAUAACUUGUUGAAAAUGGCCACAGCAGAAUCACGUCUGCGAGGCGUCCUGGAGCCAGAGUAGGGCCCUAACUAUUGUAUGAGAAACAAAGGAUACAUGAAUAGGCAAUAAAGACAAGUUCACGAAUAAGAAGCAAAAGGAAAUACAAAAAG